AUGGAAAUAGCGUACUAUGAAGGCAUGCGCGUGCAGUGCACACGAGCCGUGCAGAUGUCAGCUGACUACCUACAGGGCAUCGCGAAGCAUCGGGUUUUCCCUCAAGUUGAACCGGGUUACCUGCGACCCCUUCUACCACAGGCGCCCCCCAGCGAACCUGAGCCUUGGGACCGCAUAUUCGGCGAUGUCGAUAAGCUGCUGAUACCUGGGGCUACUCAUUGGAAUCACCCUCAUUUUCACGCUUACUUCGUCAUCGCUAACUCCUAUCCGGCAUUAUGCGCUGACAUCAUUUCCGCGGCAAUCGGUGGAAUGGGGUUUAGCUGGGCAUCAUCUCCUAUGAACACAGAACUUAAAGUGGCGAUGUUGGACUGGAUGGCCAAGCUUCUCAACCUACCUGAGUUCUUUCUCUCUGAUACGGAGGGAGGAGGCGUGAUCCAGGUAUGA